UAGCAAUCGUCGCACUCGUAGCAGUAGUUCUUCACGGCAGUCAGCACAUCGCUCAGUGGUCAGGUGUACGCAAGCAUCUACGAGUGUUAUAGAAGUCUGUCGCGCGUAUCGCAAGCCAUCGCACGCUACGUCGCAAGUUACCGCACGGCGUCGCACACACGCGGAGGGUCACGGCCGAGUAUGGGAAUUAGAAAAGAUUAGUCAUUCGGGCUUAAUUAGAGGUAAUUCCCGACGGUUGUUGACCGAGAUUAUCAUGUUUAUUAAUCAGAAUAUCAGCGCGUGUUCAAUAAUUUUGAACUUUCUCAAUGUUCAGAUGCCGCCACGUAAGGAACCCGAUCAUCCAGUUCCUACUCAGGCUACAGUGGUCGCCCAGUUCCGCGACUAUCAUGCCGAAAAGUUCUCAGGGCAGGAAGAUCCUCGCAUAGUUGACGAGUGGAUUCAGGGCCUGGAGUUUAUCUUCGAGGUCAUGGAGUGUCCUGAGAGAUAUCGCGUUAUUUGCGCUCAGCUUCAGCUCACCGGUGAUGCCAGGCUCUGGUGGAACGCUUACUGGAGCAUGCGUCCCGGCGAGAAGGCAGGAUGUACGUUGGAGAUGUUUAAGGAUUUAGUCCGCGAGAAAUACUACCCCACAUACUACCGAGCCGAGAUGGAGCGUCAGUUUCUAUCGCUCCAGCAGGGUACCCAUACUGUUGACGAGUACGAGAGGGAAUUCACGAGACUUGCAGCUUUUGUUCCUGAUUUGGUCUGCACGGAGGCCCAGCGAGCGCAGCGUUUAAUUGACGGGCUUUACCCAGCAGUCCGUCAUAACAUCGUCGGCCACGGGACACAAACGUACGCACGUGCAGUCUCUAUUGCCCAGGAGGUGGAUGCCAGCAUUAGGAGGGAGGCCGUCCGUGAGCAGUUCCAGCCAUCCGCCCCUGCCCAGUCAUCUUCAGUUCCGCCGAUGCCAGCUCUACCAUCUACCCAGCCGCCAAAGAACAACAAGAGAAAGGGGAAAG